GACGACGGGCCUCCCUCAUAAUGACGGGGUAUAAAUAGCGCGACCGGCGGCGUCAGCCUGUCAUUGUCGAGGGCUGCGGUGUUCACCGGACAUUAUGCGCGAGUGUAUUUCAGUUCACGUCGGCCAGGCCGGGUGCCAGAUUGGCAACGCUUGCUGGGAGCUUUAUUGCCUGGAGCACGGGAUUCAGCCGGAUGGACAGAUGCCGGACGACAAGACCAUCGGGGCCGGCGACGACUCCUUCAACACUUUCUUCAACGAAACGGGGGCGGGCAAGCACGUCCCGCGGGCAGUGUUCGUCGACUUGGAGCCCACGGUGAUCGAUGAGGUGCGGACCGGCACAUACCGGCAGCUCUUCCACCCCGAGCAGCUCAUCACGGGAAAGGAGGACGCGGCCAAUAACUACGCCCGGGGACACUGCUCGGUCGGCAAGGAGAUCGUGGACCUGGUGCUGGAUCGCAUCCGGAAGGUGGCCGACCAGUGCACCGGACUGCAGGGGUUCCUCAUCUUCCACAGUUUCGGUGGCGGCACCGGCUCGGGCUUCACCUCCCUCCUCAUGGAGAGACUUUCCGUCGACUACGGUAAGAAAUCCAAGCUGGAGUUUGCCGUCUACCCGGCGCCGCAGAUCUCCACCGCCGUGGUCGAGCCCUACAACUCGGUGCUGGUCACCCACUGCACCCUGGAGCACUCCGACUGCGCCUUCAUGGUGGACAACGAGGCCAUUUACGACGUGUGUCGGCGGAACCUGGACAUCGAGCGCCCCACCUACACCAACCUCAACCGCCUGAUCGCGCAGAUCGUGUCGUCUAUUACCGCCUCGCUGCGCUUCGACGGCGCCCUGAACGUGGACCUUACUGAGUUCCAAACCAACCUGGUCCCCUACCCGCGCAUCCACUUCCCGCUCGCCACCUACGCGCCCCUGAUCUCGGCCGAGAAGGCGUACCACGAGCAAUUGUCGGUCCCCGAAAUCACCAACGCCUGCUUCGAACCGGCCAACCAGAUGGUGAAGUGCGACCCCCGCCAGGGCAAGUACAUGGCGUGUUGCAUGUUGUACCGUGGGGAUGUGGUUCCCAAGGACGUCAACGCCGCCAUCGCCACCAUCAAAAGUAAGCGCAGCAUCCAGUUCGUGGACUGGUGCCCGACCGGGUUCAAGGUGGGCAUCAACUACCAGCCCCCGACGGUGGUGCCGGGGGGCGACCUGGCCAAGGUACAACGCGCCCUCUGCAUGCUGAGCAACACCACCGCCAUCGCCAUGGCCUGGACCCGCCUGGACCUGAAGUUCGACAAGAUGUACGCCAAGCGGGCCUUUGUUCACUGGUACGUGGGAGAGGGGCUGGAGGAAGGGGAGUUCCAGGACGCGCGGGAGGACAUGGCGUCGCUGGAGAAGGACUACCAAGAGGUGGCCCUGGAUUCCACCGACCUUGCAAGAGCAGAGGAGGAAGGAGAGGAGUAGACGAUAUUACUUUAGAUUAAAAUGUUUAAAGAAAUGCCAUAUUUAUGCAACAGAGCAACGUUAGAUUUGGAAAUAAAGUUUAAUAAGACAUCAUUAUACUCCCAAAAUUAAAUGUAUUUGAAAACA